UUGUUCUUCUCCAUCUAUCUAAGAAGAAAAAAAAGGUCUGUUCUUCUCGUCUCGCCUCUCGCGCGGACUUGCGUUGGGGAACGGGGUCCGGCUGGGGCCGCGGCAGAUGCGUUCGGGCGUGGGGGACGGCGGGAAACCCCCGGCCGGCGUCCGUUCCCCAGUCCGUCAGAUGGCCAGAGGCCUCAACGCCUCGUCGCGGCCGCGCUCAGCAUCAGGGCGACGCCGGCGCUACCCGCGGACAAGACAGGACAUCAAGCACCUGAGCUCCACAUCGAUCAGUACCCACAGCCACUCCACUCUCAGCUCAGGGACUCGGUGUCAGGGCGACCCAAGACAGAAGAAUCAUGGGAUCCGUGACGGCGUCGACGAUGGCACAGCCCACCCUCCGCGUGGCCGCCUUCUGCGGCUCCCUCCGCAAGGACUCAUGGCACCGCGGCCUCAUCCGCGCCGCCGAGGAGCUGUGCGAGGAGUCCAUCCCGGGGCUGCGCAUCGACCACGUGGACAUCUCCGGCCUGCCCAUGGUCAACCCGGACCUGGAGACCGACGGCGGCGAGGGCUUCCCGCCGGCCGUCGAGGCGCUCCGCGAGAGGGUCCGCGCCGCCGACUGCUUCCUCUUCGCCUCGCCCGAGUACAACUACUCGGUCACCGCCUCCCUGAAGAACGCGCUGGACUGGGCGUCCAGGGGCAAGCGCAACUGCUGGGCGGACAGGGCGGCGGCGAUCGUGUGCGCGGGGGGCGACUUCGGCGGGGCCAGGGCGUCGCUCCACCUCCGCCAGAUCGGGGUGUUCCUCGACCUCCACUUCAUCAACAAGCCGGAGCUCCACAUCAGGGCGUUCGCGGACCCGCCCAAGUUCGACGAGGAGGGCAACCUCAUCGACGCCGUGACCAGGGAGCGGCUCAAGAAGGUUCUCCUCUCGCUCCAGGCCUUCGCGCUCAGGCUCAAACACAAGGACGAGUGACUGACUCAAGAUCAACGAUACUACUUGGCAGUUGGCACCGUAUACCGUACCUGCUGGUUAAUUUGCAUUGCAUUUUCCUUCAGCUCCGUGCACUAGUAUUCGUGGUUCCGUGAAAUCCCCUAGGAAGUGUGUGCUACUUUGUCUAAUAAAUCGCCGAAGAAUUGUUCUGUA